AUGAUGCGGACCAAAAGAACCAACACUCAGCCCUUAGAAGAUGCCUCCAUCUCGCCCGCCACUUUCAACGACGGCCUUCCCCUCCCGAAGCUGAUCGCCUUUGAUCUCGACUACACUCUCUGGCCAUUCUGGGUCGACACGCACGUCAGCGCCCCGAUUAAACCCCGCGACAACAAUUCCCGCUGCACGGAUCGCUGGAACGAAUCGUUCGCCUUCUACCCCGCCGUCUCCUCUAUCGUCUACGCCUGCAAAACCAAAAACAUCCCUCUCGCUCUAGCCUCACGCACUCACACCCCCGAUCUCGCCCGCGACAUGCUCAAAGCUCUGCACAUCAUCCCUACGUUCUCUGAUAACCCCGCGGCGAAGACCAAAUCUGUCCGCGCACUGGAUUACUUCGACUACGUCCAGAUCUUCCCGGCGAACAAGACGCAGCAUUUCUCGCGCAUUCAGCAGGCGAGUGGGGUGGCGUAUGAGGAGAUGCUGUUCUUUGAUGAUGAGGCGAGGAACCGGAAUGUUGAGACUGAGUUGGGGGUGACGUUUUGUCUGGUGAAGGAUGGGAUGACGAGGGAGGAGGUGGAUCGGGGAGUUUGGGCGUGGCGGAAGAGGAAUGGGAUUAAGCAGCGCAAGGAGGGAGAUGUAGAGAACGGGGAUGAAGAGUGAUGUCUUGUGUGUGGG